UCGGCGGGCCGCGGCCUGGACGCGCUGCGGGGAGGGGCGGAGCGAGCGGGCGGGAGCGCGAGCUGGGUCCGCCUCGGCCGCCGCCGCCGCCGCCGCCGCCGCCGCCGCCGCCAGGGAAUAAUCUGGGCGGCAGCGGGCGGCCCCCGCUAGCGGCCACGAGCCACUUCUGCCGGUGCCGGGAGGAGCUAAGGUUGCCGGUCUCCUGUCGUCCCCCUCUCCGCCCCCCAGGAGGGGCGAGAGGGAGCCGCGGCUGAUGUCAGAAAUAAACUUUCGGGAAAUGGCCUCUAAAUCUUGGCUGAAUUUUUUAACCUUCCUUUGUGGAUCUGCAAUUGGAUUUGUUUUAUGUUCUCAGUUAUUUAGUAUUUUACUGGGAGAACAGGGUGAUACCCAGCCUAAUAUUCUUCAUAAUGAUCCUCAUGCUAGGCAUUCAGAUGAUAAUGGACAGAAUCAUCUAGAAGGACAGAUGAACUUCAAUGCAGAUUCUAGCCAACAUAAAGAUGAGAACACAGACAUCGCUGAAAACCUCUAUCAGAAGGUUAAAAUUCUUUGCUGGGUUAUGACAGGUCCUCAAAAUCUAGAGAAAAAGGCCAAACACGUCAAAGCUACAUGGGCCCAGCGUUGUAAUAAAGUGUUGUUUAUGAGUUCAGAAGAAAAUAAAGACUUCCCUGCUGUGGGACUAAAAACCAGAGAAGGCAGAGAUCAACUAUACUGGAAAACAAUCAAAGCUUUUCAGUAUGUUCAUGAUCAUUAUUUAGAAGAUGCUGAUUGGUUUAUGAAAGCAGAUGAUGAUACAUAUGUUAUACUAGAUAAUUUGAGAUGGCUUCUCUCAAAAUACAACCCUGAAGAACCCAUUUACUUUGGCAGAAGAUUUAAGCCCUAUGUAAAGCAGGGCUACAUGAGUGGAGGAGCAGGAUAUGUACUGAGCAAAGAAGCCUUGAAAAGAUUUGUUGAUGCAUUUAAAACAGACAAAUGUACACAUAGUUCCUCCAUUGAAGACUUAGCACUGGGGAGAUGCAUGGAAAUUAUAAAUGUAGAAGCGGGAGAUUCCAGAGAUACCACUGGAAAAGAAACUUUUCAUCCCUUUGUACCAGAACACCACUUAAUCAAGGGGUAUCUACCUAGAACCUUUUGGUACUGGAAUUACAACUAUUAUCCUCCUGUAGAGGGUCCUGGUUGCUGUUCUGAUCUUGCAGUUUCUUUUCACUAUGUUGAUCCUACAACUAUGUAUGAGUUAGAAUACCUCGUUUAUCAUCUUCGUCCGUAUGGUUAUUUAUAUAGAUAUCAACCUGCCUUACCUGAGAAUAUACUAAAAGAAAGAAGUCGAGCAUACAAAAAUGAAGAUCCAAAAGUAAAAUGAGAACUCUUGAAAGAGAAACAUAAAUGAAGAGGUAAACUGUCUAGCAUUGCACUGAAGAACUUCUGCAUUUCUGAUACAGAACACUGGAGUCCCAGUGAGGAAUUCUUUUGAAGUGAACAUUCCAUAUUAGAAAUCUUUCAUACAAAUGACUGUAAACUGAAGCUUUAAGUGAGCUGUGAAAUCUGUUAAAAUGUGUUUUGAUACAGUAAUAUAUAUAUAUAUGAAAAACUUGUGUUUUUAAAAUGGUGGCCAGGCAGAAGGACUAGAAACAAGAUUUUUGUUGUCUGUUCUUGACCACAUGUAUUAUUUUCACUGAGAAACUAGAACGUUUAAAUUUUCUAAAACUAUACUGCACAUAUUAGUAAAACACACACAUGAUGCUAAAGGUCUGCCUUAAAGAAAAGUUUAGAAGGAAAUAUUGUUGCUUAAUGUUAUUUAUAAACUCAAGACAUGAGUUUAUAUUUGCAGCAUGAUAUAAAUGAACCAACCCCCCCCAACACACACACACACACACACACACACACACACACACACACGCAGUUUUUGUCUAAUGAAAAAUUUCCUGUGAUUAUAAUUGGCAGUAUUUCUUCCAGACGAGGUAGAGUAAGAAUGGCACUUGUCCUAAAGUGCAUUAAUAAAACCACAUUUUGAAAUUAUAUGGGCCUUGACUGUAUUAUAUACUUGGUUCUAAUUAGUAGUUUAUGUUUUACUGAGUCCCUGUUGUCUCUUUUCUAAAUAUGUUUAUUCUUGAAUACAAUUUUAAUUAUUAAUAUUUAUUUACUCAAAGCAUUAAUAGCAUUCUAUAAAUAUGCAUUUUAAAAUAUUUUGUUCCCAAAUUUACCCAUUGCUAAUCAUGGGUAACUAAUAAAUAGUAAAUUUAAUGCUAUUUGGGGAUGCUUUUCUUAGAUCAGUGCCACUCUCAGGAAUUACUAAGUGACAUUUUUAAUUGAUUAUUUAAAACUCAUUCCAGCUACGUAAUUAUAGUUCCUUUCAUUAUCAUCCUGUUGAGAGAUGAAAAUUUGUUUGUGCCUUUCAUAACUUGUUUAAAGCAGAGUUUAGACAUUCAUUUUUAGGCUCUGAGGUGGCUAUUGGUUACACUGGCAAAAUAAUUUGAAUGUAAUAUUUUGACCAGAGUUAAUUAAAAACAUUAGAAAAACAGAGUGCUUAAACAAACUGAAAUAUGUCAGAUACUAAAAGACCAAAUACUUAAUUCAUGAAUAACAGCCUGAAUUUUGAUGCAGACUUAAUAUUUUGGGAUUUUUUUUUUAAUUUGUUUUUUUUGCCAAUGGAUAAUUCUAACAGCAGAAUACACAUUUAAUACUGUCUUCAAAAAUACAUUCAUAAAUAUUUCAUUCUAACUUUAGUGACUCUAUUUAAAGAAUUUCUGGAAGGAAAGAAAAGUAUAUCAUAACAGAAUAUUUUGCAGACUAUAAGAUUAUCUUAAAUGUUGCAAAUUUCACAUGGCUGUCAUGCCAUUGACUCUGCUACUUAGCUAAAGAGUUUAUAUUUAUUGUGCCAAAACAUGUCAAAAUCAUCUCUUUGGAUGGUAUUUUGAGAGGAUGUUCAUCUUAGUAGCAAUUAGUGGUUAUUAUGGAUUACUCUGUCCACAGAGUGAAAAUUCACACCAGUUUUUACUUUAAAUUGUUUUUUGUGGUUUUCACGGCAAUAUCAUCUGCCAAAAUUUCAAAUCAUUCAUUCUGUUGUCUAAACAACUCUUCACGUUGGUAUGGAUAUGAAUUUAUUUGCAGUCCAUAUAUGUUACUUUCUAAAAACCUUAACAUUUACUCAUGGGAAAUUAACAUUGUGAUGAAUCCUGGGGUCUAGUCAGACGCCUGGGUUUAAAUUCCUGCUCUAUCACUUCCUAGUUUUGUAACAUUAAAUAAUUUACUUCAUUUCUCUGUGCCUCAAUUUCCUCAUCCAUAAAUUAGGGACAGUAAUACUACCUACCUCACAGGAUUUUUAUGAGGAUUAAAUGAGUGAAUAUAUGUACAACUUUUAGAACGCUUGUCUGGCCCAGACUAUGGAGCAAUAAGUAUAAGGUUUUAUUAUUAUUCUGUUACCUUAGAGUGUAAAUAUUUGUUCUAAAUGAAUGAAAAAUCUGCUUUAAUCAAAUAUAUUGAAAUAUUUCAUACAUUUCUUGUAACAAGUAAUAGCUAGUUUGUAUCUAAUGCCUAUUGUAUGCCAUAUAGUAUGCUUAGAUAUUCUGUGUAUAUUAGUGUUAAUCUUCACAAAUUGGUUGUUCUUCCUGUAUUAUAGAUGAGAAAACUGAGGCUCAGAAAAUUAAAGUAACUUUUCCACUGUCACUAAGCUAGCAAGUAACAGAGCUAGGACUUAUGCUCAAAGCCUGUGUGUUCAUCAUGCCAUAUCAGCCUUGAGGUUAGUCAUUUAACAUUAUUUCCAUUUUUACUUAUUAACAUGAGUGAUCUGAUCCAUCAGCCAGUAAUAGUCAGAUUAACCAGCCCAGUUGUCAGAGUGGCUUUCAAAUUGUGGUCUUACACUCUUCUUGCCUGGGAGCUUGUUAAAAUGCAGAUUUCCAAACCCCAAUCCCAGAAAUUCUGAUUCUAGCAUGGGGCCCAUUAAUAUGCAUUAUUGCCAUAUUCUCUUGGUCACUGGUUCUCAAAGUGUUGGCCCUAGGUAGCAGUAUUUGCAUCAUCUGGGAACUUGGAAAUUCAGCCCCUCUGGGCCCACCCCAGACCUAAAUCAGAAACUCCAGAGGUGGAGGCUAGCAGCUGUGUAAAGCCCUCCAAAUGAGUUUUAUUCAUGCUAGUUUGGGAACCAAGACCUCGAUAAUUCUGAUGCAAAUAAUGAUUGGAAUGCGCUGCAGAUUUAUUGCCCCAGAAGUAGGGUAUCUUUCAAAGAUUUAGAUAAAGCAUGUUUUAAGUUGGUGUGGUCCCAGAUCACACCAUAUAAAACGUAAGAGACUUUAAAGAUAAUUUAAAGGGUCCGUGGAUCAUUCAUUUUGACAAAAUUCUUUAGCUUCUUCAGAUUGACCAAUAUCAGGGCCCACAAGAAAAUAUGUAAUUCUCCAAGUUUAGUAAUUUCACAAUGGGGGCAGGAAGAGUUUAAUAAGUACUAGUAAAUACAUACUAGUUCAUUAAAUAAGCAUAUCUGAGUGUCCUCACUUGUUAGUAAAAAUUUUUUUCCAAUUGUUAGUAAAGCUUUUAAAUGGAAGUAGCAAAAUGCUAUUUUAUAAUAUGCAGAAUGUUUUUUCUGCUAAUUCAUACUAUCAAAAUUUCAUCACUUUUAAGAAUCCAUUUGACUGUCCUAUAUGACCUAAUACAGCAAAAAUUCUCCCAAGUAUUUGACAGAGCACAUAAAACCAGAUUUCAUGAUGAUGACUUACUAUCUUUUAAAUUAAGAUCAUUUGGAUAAAUGGUUGUAGUGUGGUCUCAAAACAUAAGGCUUUUGCUAUCUUUAUGUUUUCCAACAACAGUAUACUUAUAUUUUCAAGUGGGAAGUUCAUAGAUGAUACAAAGCAGAUUUGUUUUCAAAUAUUUUAAAUUUCAGAAAGAGGAAUUUUUGUUACUGUAAGAAAAUUCAAAAUAAAUGGCCAGUUUUUAGUAUUUUUUGAAAUACAGUAAUUGCAUUUGAGCAUUAAAUUUGUUAACUGGUUAUUUUCGUAAUUGUCUCUUGAGAUUAAUUUUUCACUUCCGGGAACCUAUCAAACUAUUUAUAUUACCAGAUUGAGGCUUGAAAAACAAAAUGCUUCACUUUAUUGAUUAGAUCAAAUCUAUCCUUUUAUUCUUCCUUUAAAUUUUUAGCUCAUUAUACUAUUCUGUCUUUGACGAUUUCUUCUUUGUAUUUGUUGCUCUUUAUUUCCUUUAUAACUAAUUUCCAUUUUCUAACUACUCUUAAUGCUGCCUUUGCAAGGUUAAUUUGGCUGUAAUUAGUGAUUAGAAUUUGUAUCACUUAUUAAUAACUUUAUACCUGUUAACUUCAGAUUUCCCUAUGAGAUUGGAAGUUAAAAAAAUCCAAGAAUAAUGCCUACUGGCUCUCAGGAUAUUUGCCCUACUUAAAGUCUACAGUUCGACAUUCUAGAUACACAAUUAUUAAAUAAAGUUAUGUGGAUUCCAUUCCCUCUACUCCCUUUUCUCAAAAACAAACCAAAAAACUCUGAUUUAUUGUAGGCCUGACAGAAACAUUCUUAAGAAAUCUGGGGGAUAACCUGUGGUUUAUUUUAUGCUAAAUGUAACCUCUCUUGAUUUAAAAAUAUGACUUAUGUUUAUACAUUGGAGUUGAGAUAGAAAUUUUAACACAGGUUAGAGUAAGAAAUUUUACAAAUUGUCUCUAGAAAAACCAGUUCUAAAACUAGUUUCAGAGGUAAAUAGUGCUCUAUUUCACCUCCAUUUACCUCUGUAGUUUUUAGUUUUUAUCAAUUCAUUUUAAAUAACUUUGCAGGGCCCUACAAAUUAAUAAUCCAUAUAAAGUAUAUGUUAGAGGGAAACUAAUCUAACUGCUAAGCAGUGUGUUAUAUUACACAGUGAAUAUUUGUGUUUUGGAAUUUAAAAAUUACGUAAGGUGAUAGUGUCAUGAAUGGCUUAAAAACGUGUGGUGACUUGCUUAUUUUAAGUGAUCCACUAACAAGUCAGAAAAAUGUAUUUUUAAAUAUGUUUUUUAAAGUGCCUUUUGAACAUUUUUAAACAAUGGAUUUAAACAACCACAUAAAAUAAAUUACCAUGUUUAAA